CUCUUGUCAAACAAAAUGGCGGAAGAUGUAAAUAACGAUGCAACGCAUUCCAAAACUGAAGAAAGAAAGAUCGUCGUGGAGUUUUGCCAGUUACAGGAGAAAUCACGACAGCUUUUUAACUCGCUAAGGUGUGACUCUUAUUUGUGGCUUUUUCUUAUACCUGUUUUCACGUGAAGUUGAAACAUUUCUAAGUAUGCAGAGUUGAGGGUGUGUUGUUAUUCUAGUGUGGGAUGGGCUCAGCAAAGAGUUACUGUUUGUGUCUUGAGUAGCAGAGGUGUUUGUAUCCUUGGUGCCCCUUUACUUUUUUUAGUCUUUUCAAAUUAGGUGACAAGAAGUUACAAUUGAAUAUAUGCCAAUUUGGUCAUCUAAAAGUUUUUCUUUGUGUUUUUAGUAUAGGUGGGUUUUUGUUCCUUGGGGCCCCUUUUUUUUUUUUUUUUUUUUUAAAUUGAGGUGCAAAAAAUUUAAAUUGUUAUAUUUCCCAAUUCUUCCCAAAUGGUUUUUUUUUCCCCCCCCCCCCCCCCACCCCCCCCCCCCCCCCCGACGUAACCACGAUUUCUGGCUAGUGUAUUAUUAUGCAAAGAGGAUUUGCAUGAAAUGAUCUUUUCUUCAGUAGGAAAAAUAAGGACUGAGAGCAUAAGAUAAAAUCUGUCCUGCUGGGUUUUUCUGCACAUGCAUCGCUCCUUCAAAUGCAGACAAAUGCAGACUAUAGACGUGCAGACUGGCAGAUGCAGAUAAACCACAGGUAACUUGAUCAGGCUCACUAUUUGUGUCCUGUACGGGUUUCAGAUAACAUGAGUAAAUGUAGAGAACAUAUGGGGCAAAGUUUAGGUUUGGAAAUUUGCUAGAAAAUGUAUAUGGAAAUAAAAAUCGAUGAAACUUACCAGGACAACAACAACUUGCCACAUGGUUUACGUAGAUUUUUAUUUCCAUUUUCUAUGUUCUCUAUAUUUACUCAUGUUAUAUGAAACCCAUACAGGACAGAAAUACUGAGCCUGAGUUACCUGUGGAUAAACAUCUUACAAAAAUCACAACUAUAUCCCAAACCUCAACAUUGAGUCUGUUUUGUCAUAGUUUUGAGAGCAUUUGACAGCACUGUUUCCCUUGUUUAUUUGCAAGUCUGCAGUCCGCAUUUGUUGCACACUGUAUCUUGAGGUCCUUUUGGUGGUGAUAGAGGGGGGAAUGGGGGUCCUAUGCUGUUAGUCUGAAUGUGAAAAUCCAUUAUUGUUUCAGUUAUUGAGGAGGAAGCAAUAUGCCUUUUAAUAUUUUACAUCAUCAGUGUCUUUCAGUCUGCUGUUUGACACCAUUUCACAUGUUUUAUGAUGUUGUUUCAAGGCCACGUCACCUGUCAGAAUUUACCUGGGUACUGUAAAAGCAACGCCUCUGCUUAAUACUAAUUAGUACAGUGUCAGACUUCAUUUUUUAAAUGCAUAUAGGAAGUAGGAAAAUUCAGUUUGGAGUGCAUGUAGAAACCAAUGUAUAAGUGAAUCUUCUCAACUGAUAUACUCCUUAUUAUUGACUUCAGAUAUCCUGUCUUAUUUACCAGUAUUAUUAUUUUAAAUGAAAUUUUCAUUGUCAUUUCAUUUUAUGAUGUUAUUAAUUUUUUUUUUGCCUUUGUUUCUCCAAUUUAUGCACUGUCAGAGACUUACCACAGUUUGGAAACAAGCAUUGGCAGACCCACUUUGGAAAAACAUUUGAUGUUUAUACUAGAGUAAGUUUGCAUUAUUCGGAAUAGUAGUUUAAUUCCAUCCCUGCCAUUACAGUCAUAUGACCUUUUAAUUUCUUUUAUUAGCACUUGAAAUUUGACUUUGAUGUAUUUUUUUUGCUAACCAGUUAUGGAAGUUUCAGCAGAAGCACAGGUAAUAAUAUUGUUUGUGUGAGAUAUUGUUUUUAAUUUUUUGAACUUAUAAAAAGUAACAACAUUAAGAACACAAUGUGUGGUUAAGGUAGAACUAUGUGCUAGCAUAAAGCAUGCACCUAUUAGCCUCAGGCAACUUGCUUUCACACUUGGGACAACAAAGAAAUCUUAGUUCAUGCACAAAACUAAGAUAUUGGACACCUUGAUAUAAUGCAAGUUCAGUAAUUUGGGAUUCUUUCCAUAUAAAAGCCAUAGCCAUGCUCAACUCAACACAUAAAUCAUAAGUAUUAUCAUAAGCCCUUUUACCUUAGUUAGCCCAUUCGCUCCUAGAGAUUUUAGAGUCUUGAAGGGUGUUCAGUUCUAGAUAUUGAGUCUGUGAAUGAAAUGCCAUGGUGUGACCAUUCAAAUGAAACAUCUUUGGCAGCACUUUCACUUGGAUUAUUGGUACUAAAUUAUGUUUUUUCUCAUUUCACAACAUGAAAUUUGAAAAUGUUGAAUAACUUUGGCUACCAUUUUGGGGUGCAAGUGUUAAAUGAAGGGGUGCCUAGUGCAAAGCCCCAAUUGAUUUUUGAGAAACUUCCAUAUUCUCCUUCAGAAUUACUUUUGAUUUGAUAGAUAAAGAAUAAGUGAUGGUAAAUUUUAAGCUUGGUGAAGAAAUGAGAAAUGAUGGGAUCAAAAUGUCAUGAGUGUAGGGCAAAGAAAAAAUCAGAGUCCUUGAUAGGAAGGACAAGUUUAUCAAAAGGGAGACUUCGACGCUUAGCUUCCACACACAGCUCAAUUAUUUUGGAUGAGAGUCCAUGAAAGAAAUCCUGAUUUUCAUCUAAGCUGUUUUCCAGUAGUUUUAGAAUAUAUUGUAACUAGGUUUUCUGCCUUUUGUAACUGUUCAUAGAUUAACUUUGAAAACCCAUCUUGGGAUAUGACAAGAAACUUGUUUUAUUGUAUUGUUAUUUUAGGUCAAUUCUGGAUGCCAAAUAUAACUUAAAAAGAUGGCAAAUUGGAGAAAUUGCAUCUAAAAUUGGACAGCUUUACUAUCAUUACUAGUAAGGACAUCUUUUUUUGCAUCUUGCAUUAUCUUGCACUCUGAAUCUUGCUGCUUCUGUAUUAAACUUCUGUAAGGGCACUUUGACUCUGAUCUUGAUUUUCGCAGCAGUUGUUCAACUUUUUUAGCAAUGUUGCAAAACAAGUUGCAUGUUUUUGUUGUCUUUUCUACUGUACCUUCCUUAAUCGUGUCAAAGCCUUACCUAGUAGUGACUAUCACCUACAAUACACUAGCAAAGUUUGUAUUAAUAAUUAAUUAUUAAACCUCAUGAAAAGCUGUGUUAAUCAAUGUGAAAUCUCUUAACGACCAUUCCAGCCUAAGAACAAGUGAAGCAAACUAUCUUCACGAGUCAUUUGGAUUUUACUCUGCUAUCCGAUCCAGAGCAUACUACAGUCAAGCCAGCAAGGAAGAAAAGUAAGAAACAUUUAUUGAUAUUUGUCUUCUCGCUGCUUCGCAAAUCAAAUAAGCAUUCUCGGCAUCUAUUGGAUCAUUUAUGGUAGUUUUUCUGAGUUCCUGAAAAACUCUCAAUUUCAAAACUGGGCAAAGUGCAAAACCUUUCUAGUGAAAAUGAGUUUCAUUUGCAUGUGAAUAAAUAAUCAUUUUCAUAUCGUCAGCUUUGCACUUGGCCUCGCUUUGAAACAGAGGCUUGAGGCAACUCCGAAAUGGUUUAAUUUAGUCUGGAUGGAUUGGAGAAAAUAAAUCUGAUAAAAACGGAAUUGUAAAAUUCUGAGUGUUGUACUUAAACUGCCUUAAGGGCAGCCAGGGGAUUUCAAAAAUUUUUACUAUGUACGAAUAAUCUGGGUAGGUUAUGAGUUGCUUAAAAGUGUUGUGCGGAGUGGGUUUAUUUAUGUGAGAUGCGCUACUUCGGUCCCUAGUUUCUUGUAUUUCCUGUUUGACUGUUUAGCCAAUCCCAUGCUAGCCUGAGAAAAACAGCCGACAUUUUGCGAUGCCACCACUGGUUUCCCUGUGCAAAUGACGUCUGAGGAACGAUCACAGAAAUUCCAUACAUGACGUGUCACUGCCCAGAUCUGGGUAGCACCUCUGAUUGGUCGCUCAGCAAGGGAAAUUUGCUUCAACCAAUCAAUCAGAAGCACUACCCAGAACUCUACCCAGAGCUUGGCAGUGACGCGUCAUCAGUAUGGAAUUUCUGUGCUUGUUUGUCGGGCGUCAUUUCGAGGGGAAACCAGUGGUUGUUGGCUGAUUUUUCAGGCUAAUGCCAUGGAAAUCCAAAGCACUUUUUGCUAAAACUCCUUCUGGAACUAUCGAUUGUUUAUUGGUCAAUAUGGCGCAUCUUCGAACAAAAUUUUAGCGGCAGGAAGAAACUGGCUUUGGGCUUGAAAAGUUGGAUAGCACUAUCCACAGUAUUAAUCACUGUCCAAUAGAUAGGGCUUUCCACCUUUACAACUGGGACCAGUAUACAUUUGGAUAGCGCGGCCAGGGGCGUAGCCAGCUUUUCGACUAGUUUUAGGCCCGGCUGACUUUCAUUUCCACAUAUCCUGAAAAUUGCAUGCAUGACUUUGAGCUCUUAAGCUUUUUAGCUCACCCCAACAAUGCAUAAUUUAUUACAAGCGGUAGAGUGAUCAAACCAAAAAUUUGUAGGCCCGGGCCUACAGGUCUAAGGGUUGGCUACGCCCCUGGUGGCAACUUGUUUGUUUUUGUUUUCUUUUCAGACCUGAUUUGAUGGUAAAGAAGUUGCGUUAUUAUGCACGCUUCAUUGUGGUUAGUCUGCUUCUCAACAAGGUGGAUCUUGUGAAAGAACUUAUUCAAGAACUUCACCAUUAUGUAGAAGAAUAUGUGAGCGUGUAUGAGGCACAGGAUGAUGAAGAGUGGAGACUGGUGAUCAGUGAAGUCACAGCGUUUAUGGAGGUGAGCUACACCAAGGCCUGCGGCCCUUUUCUCGAACGCUGUGGCUAUUUGACCGGUAACCGGUCAAGGUUUUCAAACAUUAGAUGACUGGCGGUCCAGUAUUUUCAAUAAAUUUGACAAAUCGAAAAAAUCCAUCUAAUCUAAGCUAUCAUAUGUCGAUUGAGAAAAGUCAAGCGAUCCUGAAACACUUUAUGGAUUUCAAGUUUAGCGUUUGGUUUACCCUGUGAUCAGAAAACGAAACCAUGUUUUUGACAUUUAGAACUUAGAACAGGCCAGGGCUUCAGUAUAAGCGGCAGUUUACGGUAUCUUCCUUGACUUAGUUCUUCUUUUAUGCAGGCGGACUCCCUGGUGACAGUUAUGACCCCCGAUGUUGUACCCGUCACUCUAUCACACAGAAUGGCCGAAAAUGUGAGUUAAGAAUCAACCUUUAUUUCUGUACCAUAGCCCACAAAUUCAAAAUGGUGGCACGCAGAAAAUUCAAAGGGAAAAAUAGACGAUCUUCUUAUCCAGAAAAAAAUCUUUUCAUUUUCCUUUAAAAAACUGAGGAGUCAGAAAUUAAUCGGUAACCAUACUUUAUUUUUGACCAUUUAACGUCGAUUCGUUAUCAGACUCAAGGUUCCAUUCUUAGUUUAACAGUCUACUGAAUUGAUCGGUGCUGUGAAGAUUUUUCUAGCAAAUUAACGGUAACUUCCUUAGAAUUCCAGCACGUGGUACAUUUAUUCUCAUAAUGCGUUGUAUUGAAUUUUGCACGGAAAAGUUUUCGAACAGUUUCCUUUGCGGGAAGUCCAAUCGCCAACAAGUGUUUGGAUGAAAACAACAUUCACACACUUUGCAAGAUGUGCAUGAGAACGUCUAGAAGCGUAUCUUCAUUUUAAAACUCUCAUCAUUUAUACCUUAAGGCUAAGGUCAAACAUCGAAAUUCACCCAUGUGACGAACAAAAUACCAAUAAACAAAAUCUGUUGUUCUCACUUAUUAGCGUUAGAUUCGUCCGAUGAAAAGUUCGACGUUUGACAUUAGCUUCAGAAGAGGUAGGGAUUACAAAAAUAGUGUAAUCUCUUUGCAAAAAGCAAGGCCUCUACUCUAAGCAACGUAAUCCGACCAUAGCAUUUGUUUUUGUGCCAAUGUUUGUCAAAAUUGUCAUGGACUUUUCGCGUAUUUCGCUUUGUACUAUGUAUAGCUUCGCAAAUUUGCAGUCGAACAUAAGACCCGACUUUUCGAGUCUGUAGUAUUUCUUCCCCUCAAAAAAGGCAUCGUACGCCGUGUCAUUGUUGUCUAAGUACUCAAUAUACUUUGCUCAUUGUUCGACAGUUUGAAAGUUUUGAACAUGAAAGAUCCUGGAAUUGCGAGCUUUUUGUAGUUUGCACCUCCAAGGACAAUAGGCCAAGAUCGUUUUGAAUUCCAAACCCCCAGUAUUUUUCUGUAAUGUAGUCUUCACAAAGAGAGUUUUCAAAAGUUAAGAAAAAUAUGUACUUUCUAAGUCGUCUAGCACACUCUUCUGUUGAAACGUUUUCGUCUGGUGGACUGGGGCAGGUAAAGUUCCCGCACUUACCGAAGAUCUGUACCGGCAAUUGUUCGCCAAGUUUUCGUGUAGAUUCGCUGCGUCCACUCGGCGCGUGAGAGACGCUCACUAUUUAUGCAAUCAAUUGCGUUUUUCCAGCAUCUUUAGAGGUUUUGAUUUUAGCAUCUCACUGCUCCUCGUUGCAUUGGAGAGGUAUAAAAUUGCCAGAAGGUGUGAAAACGUCCGAAUCGACGCUAUAGCUCAUCGUCCAGGUAAUAACGCUGUCAAAGCGUUUUCCCCGUAAUUUUGAUUGUACCCGUCGCUGCACGGCUUGGACGUGAAAAGGCUUUUACGUUUCAUGGAGGACUUUCCUUUCUUAACUUUGAUAUCGUUCUUUGAAAUUCAACUCCAGAAGAGUUCGCUUGCAUUUGACAGAGUAAGCGGUUUGGAAUAAUCGAACGCGAAUUCAGUUUGUAAGCGACAUUUUCGGCGCCCGUUGCUCUUAGGGAACCCCAGGUAGGUGAGGUAACCCGCCUGCCGAUAUAAUCUCUCAUUUUAAUUUGAUCACGUUUACUUGAUAGGUGGAGUGACCAUAGGAGAGAUUAUACGGACAGGCGGGUUACCCUACAUAAGAGGGUUAUCUCACCCACCUUGGGUCCCCCACCUCCAUGUAAACGUCGACGGCAACGAAAACGACAAAAAAGUGAUAGGUUUCUAUCAGCAAAACAAACGUUUGCACGUUGUCGAGCAAAAAAGUAAGAAGCCUGUAAACAGGCUAUCUUUACACAGACGUUGUUUUCUUCUUCUGGCCGCAGUUGUUCAAAAAUCGACAAGUACGCGAGUGGAUUAAGCGCGCGAGAGCGAGCAAAGAGCGCGAGAACAUAAAUCCCCCGCGGUUUUUAUUUUCAUGUGCGCGCUUCACGAUCUCUUACGAGUAAACAGACGGUCUGUCAACAGGCUACGUCCUUCAAAAGCAGUUAAUUGACUGUGGGUUGUUGUGUUAUGAGUAAGCUGUGAUGCCUAGACUUAAUAUGGACCAAUAUGUUUUCCUUACAAUUUUCCACUACAGGAGAUUCCGGCUCAGAGGCCUGUCAGCGGUACAGCCUUAUCUUUACAAGAAAUUAUUAUCGUGGGGAACUGUGAGAAGCAGGUAUUUUUUCCAGCUUUAAGAGGGCCACUGAGGUUGAUUUUUGUCGGGAAAGGUUGUCAUUAAAUGGCAGAAACGGUUUAAAAAAGUAUACACUCAAACCAGUUAAUCUAGCUGCUAGCGACCUCGGGGGCAUCUUGGUCUGGUGGCGGGCUAUGUGCCUGAUAUAGAAUACUUCACAGAAAGUGUGUGCGUACGGUAUUUGCGCACGAGUUGUUGACGUAUCAGAAAUCGAACGAUUGAGCGCCGCGAACGAAUGAGAUUUCUCAUACAAAAACAAUGAGUCCGUAAAUACCGUGCAAAGCACUUUCCGUGUGGUAUUGUGUUUAUUAUAUACAUACUGAGACAUUCAUCAUUUUGCCAGCCUUUUAUUUCAAAUCUUUCUAAAAUCCUAAAAUGCUAAAAUGUGUCGCUACACACCACGAAUGAAAAAGAAAUUGAAGUAAAGCUUAUUAGUAUUAAGAAACGCUUGGUAAAAAUGAGAGUAUGGAAAUGGAGUAAUCCAGGAAUUACAUAUAUUACCUUUCUUUCGGGAUGUACAAUUAAAAAUUAAUGAUUUUGAGUAAAAAUGACUGGUUUGAAUUUAAACAGAAGCAUGUUUAAGCUUACCUCCCAUAAGAAGUACAAGUACAAGCUUACAUCUCGUUCUGUUUUUCCCCUUUCGCUGUUGUUUUGCCGCCUCUCCUCAAUUUUCUUCCUCGAUAGCGAAAUCGUACCAAGGGAUCCAACUUUGUUGGGGUACUGUUCACGACUGAUCGCGACUCAUGGUAAUUAGACAGGAGAAGCUUAUGUUAUAUUUUAUGUAUUAUAUUUACAAGUAUAUCGACAAUUGUCUUAAAAUAAAUUUUGACUUACUCUCUAAAAAGUAAAAUUUUAAAAUCUUUAUUCUGAUGCGUUAGAUCUUGGGUAGAUUGCGAACAUCGACGUAUUUCCGGCUGUCGCUACUCUCCGCGCGGAAAGAAAAGACAAUCGGAAAUAAGUCUGCGUUCGUAGGCUAGGACUAGCUUGGGUACUUAUUUCAGGAAAUAUGGUAACCUUUUCCCCUAGAGCCCAGAGUUAGCGAGUUUAAAGUACACGAUGGGAAUAUGUAUUUUAAAAUGCCAAUCCUCAUUUCUUUCCUUGUUUUUCAGGUAAAAUUUAGUGAGUUAACUUUGGACAUGUUCCGCAUGCUGCAGGCCCUGGAGAGGGAACCGGAGGAAGUUCCACCACGUACCUUGGUCACCACCAACGAAGUCUCUGAAAGCCCCUCUGAUAAAGUGAACCCUGUUCAGGUUUAUAAUAAAAUGAAAAAUAUUUUUUGCGAGCUCAGACGGGCAAGCUUAGAUCUGAUAAUUUCUUACCCAGGGAAAACGUGAUAAUCGCCGUCAUUCUACUACUGGUUUUGGCAAAAGUGUCAUACUGAUAGAAACAAGUUUAUGAUGUUACAAGAUUUAUCAUUUUUCGAUCGGAUUGGGGCUUAACCUCCUUCAAUAAAGAUAAUAGCAGUCUAUAAAAAUAACCGUUUAAAUUUUUGUGGUGGAAAAAAGUAAAUGGAAGCUUUCCGAGUUGUCCGUAGCUUUUCAGAAUACGCGAAGAAAAACCUUUAAGUCAAAUCUCAUUGUCGUAGUCAUCGAAUGUAAAGGUCUCUAAUCAAAAGACGAAAUCCGGCUGACUUCUCUUGUUGUUGUUGUUUCUGUAGUUAUUACAAAUGGCUAGAGAAAUGCUAUUCUUUUUUAGGAAACCAGCGAAAUUGCUCGUUCGUUCUCUAAGAGGCCUAACCCCCACAAGUAUCUGCUAUACAAACCGACGUUAACACAGUUAUACGUUUUUCUGGCCUGUGGUUUAAAGGUAAGUUAUAUCAGUGUUUGUGCAGCAAAACACAUUUUUUCUCUCGUAACUGUGUCUCAUCUCUGGGGCCAGCCUAGCCUGCCAACAUUUUGCAGAGGGGUUGAGGUCUGCGUUUUCUGGCAUUCAUGCAGGAGUCACCUCAGAGUGUUUGGUGGUGGUUCAGUUUUCUAAAAUUGCGUCUUUUUACUCGUUGCUUCCUUAAUCUUGUCUCUCUACCGAGUUCUUUGACAGGCGGAUCAUACCAGUAUUAAAGCAUAAAGCUCUAUUCUAGAACGAUGUAAAUAACUAUUAUGUAUGCCGGUUUUCCUUCUUCAGGAACUUCCUAGCAAUGGCGUUAUGCUUGUCUAUGUCUCCGGUGAUGGUUGCCUUGGAAACGCAAAGGCUGGAGAGGAAGGUUAGUGGAUAGUUGAAUUGGGCGCGAUGCCAGAGUGCGGGGAAAAAUGUGAAGGAAGAGAGAGCUGUUUCUCUUGCUUACAUCUUUUUGCGCCCUCUCCACAAUCUCAACGCUUGGAACAGGCUAGUUUAGUGUGAACAAUUGUGAUACUAGCAUAAACUCUUGACACUUGCAUUUUUUAAUUCUCUCCUUUGGGAUUUAUCCCAGGUCCUUACGAGAUGGGAGGAGUUGCCAUGUGCCACAAAAAGGCGGGAAACGAGGAAGGUACAAGACGUGCGAGAGCCAACUUAAAGGAUGUUCACUGGUGCGUGACAUUUGUGUACCGUAAACUGCGGCUUGUAAGCCCCACCCCACAUUGUUGAAUGUUACAUGUUGCGUCCGUUUGCACACCCUGUUGCAUGUUGUUGGGAGUUGUUGUGCAAACCUUGAAACCGGUCAAACUUUUGGACCAACAACUCCCAACAUUUCUUUUGUUCCGUGAUGGCGAAAGCGUAGCGCAACAAUGUUGGAUGCGUUUGCACAGCUCCCAACAUUGUUAGGGCCACGCACGCGCAUUACACAUGGUUUACAAAGUCUUAUGGGUUGUAUCCUUCCCACUAAACAAUGCAGGUCCCAACAUUGUUGGGAGUUGUUACAUCCAUUAGCACACCACUGCCAACACAGACGCAACAAAUCCUAACAUUGUUGGCCCAACAAUGUUGGGAGUUGUUGCGUCCGUUUAUACGUAGCUUAGGCUACGAUGGCCCAAGAAUACGCUCAACUGAACACGCUCGGAUUACGCUCGACUGAAAACUGGUCUAACAGUAAUACAAAGAACUGCAUAAAUUAUUUGUGUUCUUAUUUGUGUUGGGUAUAAAUUAUUUGUGUUCUUCAGCUUGUACCCAGAAGACCUUGUGCCGUUCAGCAGGAAGCCUCUUAUGGUGAUUGUGGAUAGCUCCAAUAGUUAUGCUUUUAGGGUGAGUAUGAACAAGACCCCUUUACGGUCAUUUUACUUCUUAUAGAUACAUGUUCUCACGAUACAUGUUCUAACCGACUCGUAUGAGUUAGUUAGUAGUUGCUUACUAUUUGCAAAUCUUUUCCGGAAAAUCCGGUUGAAAGGUAAUUGAAAUUCAAUGAACAUUAACUGCAAAGUACCGCAAACGAGUAUGCCGCAGAGCGUAGGAUCUAAAGAAAAGCUAAUCAACAAAAAAUACCAAGUAGACAAAUUGAAUUCUGCAAAGCUGAUUGUGUUACGUGAAAAUUGACUUUGCAAGACACCUGUCUGUUGUUGCGCCGUCCUGACGAGCCACAGUAAUGGCGAAACUGUUGUCGACGGCUACAACACCGCUCUGUUUUGGGUUCUAUCGGAGUCGUGUUGAUGUCUAGUCUCCUUCGCAUCCGCCCGGGCCCUUUUUGCGUGUCUCCCACCAGAGCGGCUGCGAGGGAGACCAGUUGAUGUCUUGUAAAGUUAAUUUCCACGUAGUACGAUUAGCUGUGCAGUGUUCAAUGUGUCUAAAUGGAACACGAGUUUUUCGGCCGUUCCAACGAAAAACGUCUGGGAGCUACGGAACAUCUGAAAAGGUAGUCCUGUUUUUUCUGGACGGAAUGUUCCAAACGAAAAUUUGAGUUUCAUUUUUUCAAAGCGGUCUUUGAUACCAGUUUCAGGCCUCCCCAGCCGUUUUUCGGUUAAAGGAACUGAUUUGUAUAAAUGGUAAACACGAAUCAGGGACGAUAUUUACUAUUCCGGAAUUUUGCUUUCCAUUUGCCCAAACCGUGAACCGACUGGUUUGUCUAUGUAAAUGGUAAACAACCAGUUUUUGCUUCUUUAAAUGACUAUUUAACCACAGGCAGAUAUUAAUGUUCGUUUUACAGAAACGACUGUCUAUACUGGGCGUUUAACUGAAUGAAUUUUUCGCCAAAAUUAUUGCAAAGCAGUGUAAGGUUUAGCAAAUUUAGGACGCGACAGCACUAGGGCUGGAAACGAGUUCUUUGCAACUUUCCACUCGCGUUCUGAAGUUUUGGGCAAAUCGUCUCUAUAAGAGUGUAGACACUUAGCCAUACAUAUGUGGUGGCGUUAAGGCAUGUUAAAAGAAAAAAAGAUUCACUUCUGGUUGACGUGCGUCGCUCAAAAAAAACGUCGGAACGCGUGCUGUGGCCGAAGCGUCGCACCCCUACUGCUAAAUCUGCUCAUAUUUCGCGGAGAAUACAUUUGUUACCACAGGGCAACCAGCAUUCUAACGAAUCAGUCACUGGCGGUUUCAUAGUACAGACAAAUAAAUCAGCCCUUUACCGUAUUGCCAGCCUUGCUUUCAGUUUUGUUUUACUUUCAACUUCAAGUGACGCCUGGCUCUAGCAUCUCUACAUUAGAGAUCCGGCAAGAAAGAACCAGUCGGUUUUAUUUACGCUUUGAGUAGACGCUUAUCUCUCGCUAAACUAGUUUCCAGUUCGAGGCAGCUUUACUUGUCUCCGGCUAAAAAUAGUUUGACCGUACUUUGCUUUCACUUGCAGUAUUUUCCAAGUUUGUUUGGGCAGCCGCUUAUCUCCUUGAUGUCGCCUAUAACAGUUCCCACGACGAUGCAAGGUAAAUACGUUAGUGCUCGUACUUGAAACUGCAUCAAUCCUUGUUGCAUUUUUCAAGCGAUAGAUUUAAGAUUUAGAUAAAGAUUUAGAUCACUUCAAACACUUUCGGCGCUAAUAGGCGAAUACCAAAUUACGUAGCUCUCUAAACGAGUUCGAGGUCCGUGCUGUAAGUUCUCCCGACCGAGUUUUUUUAGCGCUUGGGCAAUAUAUCCAAGUGGAAAACACAAGGUUCCGUGAUUUACAUUGCGGAUCGAGAAAACGAGGCUAGUAAGAUUUAUAUUUAAAUCUCUGGGUUUAAAUAGAGACUGAGAGGACGUCGCAUUUUUCGGUUCAAGCGGAACGGUUGUGAGCUUCGCAAAAAUCGUGACUUUGAAUUGUCAAAAACAUUCAUUUAACAUUUAGCACAUCCUUUAUAGUCCAAAACUACUUGAAACGAAAGCCUUACAAUAUAGUUUCUCUGUCAAUAAUCGCAAGCAAAGCAAACUUUUGACUUUACGGUUUGACAGUGAAAUACGACUGACCCACUAAACUGACUAAUCACAGUGCGUACACCAACAGAGAGAUAUAAUAAAAGUCAGUAUUGCUUGGAAAUAGACCUCAGGGGUGGUCACUGCCAGAGAAUCUUAUGCCCAGUGUGGUCCUUUUACGUGCCACAAGAGUCUACUCAGUUAAAGCACUAGAAGGUCGAUUAAAUAGAUGAAACAAAAGGCAGUACCCUCUCUACUCUAGUUAUUUCAAGGGCGACUGCUUAAUAGAGGUACGCUUAAUUCCAGUUUGGUUGUAGUCGACGAUUAAUGAUAGUACUAUCGAGUUUCCACUACUCAGGCUGUAUAACUCUUUCUUUGGAUCAUUGUUUUCCAGAGCAAACUCGGAAGGGAAGUUUAUUCUCGCUCUUCCUCUUUAGUCCAUUGGUGGCUUUUUGUUAUGUCUGUAGCAUCGCUGAUCUCCGCAGCGACUUGUGGGAUAGCUGUCACCGACAAGUUCGACGAAUCAUGAACGAUUGUCUUCGAGUGUUUUACGACUGGUCACGAUGUGUUGGUAAGUCGACUGCGCAUGCUCUAGGACUGUCUAAGAACUGUUUUAAGUCGACUGUCUUGCUGCUUGUCGUGAUUCCUUCGAAUGGCGGCAUCAGUAUUGGUAAUUCGAUUGCUAACCAAAUCAAAUCACUAGCUCAUUGCAACUUUAAUUGACAGGCAGGUGAUUGAAUUGUAGGUUCAUUACAAACUUAUAAAUGCUUUUGUUGUCCAUUCAAAAUAUUUCUCCAGCUACUGUUGACCAAAUUUGGAAGAAUUUUGUGAUUAAUCAACCGAUGAUGUCAAAAGUGCAGCACAGUUGGAGGUUAAUGCACCAUUAACCGAGAAGACCUGGGGACGAGGUUGAGUUAUUUUGGUUGUGAAAAGAAAAAUGGCCGAACAGUCGGCGGAACAUUUCACUCGAUUCACGACGAACUAUCGUAUAAAAACAUAGCAAGAAGACAACUCGAAGGACAACAUCUGUUAUUUAAACUCACUAAUGGGUCUCCUCGCUGGACCUUUUCCGAACGACUGCGAAAACGAGAGGUUAAAAACGUAGACCGAUCACAGCACACUUCGAGAUCUGGGAUGUGUACGGCUUUGAACCUUGAGAAAUUUAGCGCGAGACUUUAGAAGAGUCAGGAAAAGUCUCCUAAAAAGGAAAAGCUCCUAGAUUUCUUAGAACAAACUCGUGACGAAGCCCUAGGAACGUUUGCGUGGAUCGUGGCUAAUUUUUUUGAAGUUGCGAAAUGGGGACACAGGUUGAAGAACGAUCUUGAAUGGCUUUGUAAACGGAAAAUCCAUUAAGAUGAGUCUUUCUUUUUUUCUUGCAGAUCUAGCCUUCCUUCAGCUUCUUGAUGACGAGUUUCUUCGUUUGAUGAUUAUUCGUUUUGUAUUCUGUUUUUACACCAUGCAUCUUCAUCGAGCAUUCAAGGUAUCGUUGCGCAAGUGGAAGUGGCGGGGUUCCUUAAAUAGUGAUAUGUUUAUGAUAAUACCUGACCGAUAAGAUAAUCACCGAUCGCGCAGCGCGAGGUUAAUAUUUUUGAGAAGACUGAGUAGCGAGGAUAUUUUCCGAUUCCAUGCAUCUUUUCAUUGUUUUAGAACCAGCAGGUCAUUGUUCUGAUUGUUGUGGCCAAUGAAGUAGAACAGUGGUUAUUUUUCGUAACAGUGGCCUUCUGUUCCACCUCAGUGACCUGCCCUUCCAUUUAUUGAAAAAAUAGCGCGUUCAAAAAGAUGGGUUAAAAAAGAAUGGCUACCAACAUUUAUUCAGAGAAAAAAAAAUGAUACCUGCUCCAUCAAAAACUUCUAAAGUGAGGGGCGUCUCGGGAGGAAAAAUUCUUCAAAAAAACGGGCCUUCUUGCAUGCAAAGUAGCGCAUUUUUUUCUGUUUUGUCAAGUUUUCUUCACAUACAAAAGACGCUCGAAUUUAUACUUAGCACCCCGGCUUCAAAAAAUCCCUGCCCCCUCGUGUUUUCAUUUAAUAUUCGGUUUAAAGUCGCAUAACCGGCAUCUAGAGAGCAUGAAGGGUUCCCUUGAACACAUACAAUAAAUCUUUGGAGUAUGACGCGAAGGAUAGUAAGACAGAAAUUCGGUAGGAUUGGUAAGAUUGUAAGAUUAUUGAAACUAACAGGACGUUGAAGUGUAGCAUUAUGCAGAUGGAGACCCUCCGAGAUCUGUAUCAUUCUUGAGUACUCAGCCUCAUUUUAUGAUAGGUCCUUCAGGGCUGGUCCUUUGCAGCUUGUCAUUCACGUGGUACAAAACCGACAUUUUGGAGAGCAAGCGACGCACUAGGACAAGACAAA